GGGGAGCUGCCCCAGCGGGAACUGGAGCAGGACUGGGCCGUACUGGGAGAACUGGGCAGCGGCUCCUACGGCCGGGUGCUGCUGGCCGAGCCCCGGGACGGAGGUGCGCGCGUGGCGCUGAAGCUGCUGUCCAAGGAGCGCACGGCCAGGUGCGGCUUCCUGCGGGAGUUCUGCACUCACCUGUGCCUGCGGGGGGGGCUCACCUGUGUCCAGGUGCUGCCACUCGCCUUCGAGACCCCCACGGAGUUCGGCUUUGCCCAGGAGCUCGCACCUGCCGGGGACCUGUGCGGCCUCCUCACACCUGGGGCCAUGGAGGCUCCCCUGGAGGCCCCCGAGGAUGAUGAAGAUGAAGAUGAGGAUGAGGAGCAGGUGGCAGAGGCUCAGGAGCGCCUCCUGCAGGCGCUGAUGGCGCGCACGGCGCGGGAGCUGCCCCAGCGGGAACUGGAGCAGGACUGGGCCGUACUGGGAGAACUGGGCAGCGGCUCCUACGGCCGGGUGCUGCUGGCCGAGCCCCGGGAUGGAGGUGCGCGGGUGGCGCUGAAGCUGCUGUCCAAGGAGCGCACGGCCAGGUGCGGCUUCCUGCGGGAGUUCUGCACUCACCUGUGCCUGCGGGGGGCGCUCACCUGUGUCCAGGUGCUGCCGCUCGCCUUCGAGACCCCCACGGAGUUCGGCUUCGCCCAGGAGCUCGCACCUGCCGGGGACCUGUGCGGCCUCCUCACACCUGGGGUGGGUCUCCCGGAGCCGCAGGUGAAGCGCUGCGCCGCCCAGGUAUCGUCCGCCCUGUCUUACCUGCACGGCCACGCCCUGGUGCACCGCGACCUGAAGCUGGACAACGUCCUGGCCUUCGACCGCGAGUGUCACCUGGUCAAGCUCGGCGACUUCGGCCUGACGCGCGUGCUGGGCUGGCAGGUGCGGCCGGCGCGCAGCCCCGCCCCUUACGCCGCACCUGAGCUGUGGCACCUGCGCGCAGGUGAGGCGCGGCUGCGGCUGGAGCCCGCGCUGGACACCUGGGCGUUCGGCGUGCUGCUCUUCGCGCUGCUCACCGGCCGCUUCCCCUGGAGCUCACCUGCGCGCUCCGACCCCGCCUUCCGCCGCUUCCGCACCUGGCACGGCCGCACCUGCGCAGGUGAGGGAAACACCUGGAGGUGGGAUAGGAGCACCUGGACAGGUGAGAUGGAAACACCUGGAGAUGGGAUAGAAACACCUGGGAACGGGAGAGAAACACCUGGACAGGUGAGGGAAACACCUGGAGAUGGACUGGGAACAUCUGGAACGAGCUGGAAGCACCUGGACAGGUGCUGGACACACCUGGGAUGGGUCAAGAACACCUGGACAGGUGUUGGAUACAUCUGGAGGGAACCAAGAACACCUGGACAGGUGUUGGACACACCUGGGAUGGACCAAGAACACCUGGACAGGUGUUGGUCACACCUGGAGGGGUCACCUGUGCCCACCUGGGGAUCCUCAAUCAAUAAAAUUCCCGGAUUUUUUCGCGUUUGUGGAUUUGGAGUUUGA